GUCUCAGGCUUGAAGCUUGUGGAGGUGCACUCAAUUGCAACAACUGGCUGAGCUGUGGGGAAAACGGCUUAAAUUGAGUUGUGAAGAGUACAGCUUUGCUGGCCAGUGGAGUAAUGUGUAAAAGAAGCCCUGACUUGGCAAUAAGAGAAUAGUAAGACACUUAAAGAGUUGAAUCUGGACACAAUCAAAAGAAUAACAUGGAAGAAACUGAGACAAGGAUUCUAACCCGUGGGGUCAGAUGUUUUUCCAAGGUCAAGGUGUUUCUGUUGGCAUUAACAGGUGCGUGUGUAUCCAAAUCACUAACAGGAAGUCACAUGAAGUCCAUGCUUUUACAAAUAGAGAGACAGUUCGGUCUCCUCACAUCUACAGUUGGGCUUAUCACUGGGAGCUUUAGUAUGGGAAUGCUUUUGGUGAUUAUACCCGUGAGUUAUUUUGGAACAAAACUGCACAGACCUAUCAUGAUUGGUGUUGGUUGUAUGUUUAUGGGCCUUGGGUGUUUCAUAAUCUCACUACCUCAUUUUCUCAUGGGCAGAUAUGAAUAUGAAACAACAAUUUCACCUACAAGCAACUUGUCAUCAAACAGCUUCUUGUGUAUGGAAAACAGAUCACUUACCUUAAAGCCAACACAAGACACAACAGAGUGUGGAAGAGAAAUUAAAUCACUAAUGUGGAUAUAUGUACUAGUGGGAAAUAUUAUACGUGGAAUGGGUGAAACUGCCAUCAUGCCCUUGGGUAUUUCUUACAUAGAAGAUUUUGCCAAAUCUGAAAACUCUCCUUUAUACAUUGGGAUUUUAGAAAUAGGAAUAACCAUUAGCUACUGGAUUGGAUAUUCCUUGGGAUCUUUCUGUGCUAACAUUUAUGUAGACACUGAUUCUGGGAAUACAGAUGACCUGACCAUAACUCCCACUGAUACACGCUGGGUCGGUGCUUGGUGGAUUGGCUUUUUGGUCUGUGCAGGAGUGAAUUUCCUGACCAGUAUCCCCUUUUUCUUCUUUCCGAAAACACUCCCAAAGGAAGGAUUACAGGAUAAUGGGGAUGGAACUGAAAAUGCCAAAGAGGAGAAGCACAGAGAAAAAGCCAAGAAGGAAAACCAAAGAAUCAUUAAAGAUUUCUUUCCAUUAAUGAAGAACCUCUCCUGCAAUCCAAUUUAUAUGCUUUAUCUCCUUAUAAGUGUGCUCCAGUUCAAUACAUUUGUCAGUAUGGUAUCUUAUGUUCCUAAGUACCUGGAACAGCAAUAUGGAAAAUCGUCUGCAGAUGUACUUUUCAUCAUGGGUAUUUAUAUGUUACCUCCAAUAUGCCUUGGAUAUUUACUUGGUGGUUUGAUUAUGAAGAAGUUCAAGAUUACUGCCAAAAAAGCCGCAUACAUAGCAUUCUGUCUAUCCCUGACUGACUACCUUCUGUCUUUGUCUAACUAUAUGACAAACUGUGACAGUUUCCAAGUUGCUGGCUUAACUGCCUCUUAUGAAGGAGUUCAGCACCCUCUACAUGUAGACCAUGAGGUCCUUGCUGACUGCAACACGAGGUGUAGCUGCUUAACGAACACAUGGGAUCCAGUGUGUGGAAACAAUGGCCUAGCAUACAUGUCAGCCUGCCUCGCAGGCUGUGAGAAGUCUGUUGGGAAUGGAAUCAACAUGGUGUUUCAGAAUUGCAGCUGCAUUCGGUCAUCAGGAAACUCAUCUGCAGUCCUCGGGCUGUGUAACAAAGGCCCUGACUGUGACAACAUGCUGAAGUACUUUAUAAUCAUAUUUUCAGUCAAAAUGUUCAUCUUCUCAUUAUCAUCUAUACCUGGGUACAUGGUUCUUCUGAGGUGUAUGAAGCCUGAAGAGAAGUCACUUGGAGUUGGAUUACAUACAUUUUGCACAAAAAUAUUUGCUGGCAUUCCAGCACCUAUUUACUUUGGAGCUUUGAUAGACAGAGCCUGUUUACAUUGGGGAACUCUGAAAUGUGGUGAGAAAGCCGCAUGCAGGAUAUAUGAUAUAAAUAGUUUCAGGUACCUUUUCUUUGGCCUGCCUGCUGCACUAACAGGAUCGAGCUAUCUCCCUGCAGUCUUCCUCCUAAGACUUAUGAGGACGUUCCAAUUACCUGAGGACACUGACUCUCCAGACACUGAACUUGCAGAGACGAAACUCAUAGAGAAGGAAAACGAUUGCACAGAUGUGCACAGAAGUCCUAAGUUCGAGAGUAAUGGAGAAAUGAAAGCUAAGCUGUAAUGAGUUUUCUACUGCCCUGCGCAAAGUCAUGAACAGAAUGCUCAUUUCACUUUCUUCUAAUCAUGAGAUAAACCUUAGCUUAUCCUUAAGGGCCUCAAAAGUUAUUUUGACUCAUUAUAAAAAUAUUGACUGAUAAUAUUUUCUGAGGGUUGGUGUAGUGCUUAAGAUUUUUCCCAGGGAAGACUUGUAUGGAAACCUCCAUGCAGAACUUUAAAAAUGCCUUCACUAACGAACAGCAUUUUCUCUUUUAACUCAAUCAAGGGAAGUGUGUGUUUCCCACACAUCUACAAAUAGAUUUGAAACUUUCCUAUCCCAAAGGAAGUGUUUAAAUUACAGUGUUGAAUUACACUUCAUUGCUGGGCGUAUUGAUAGCUCAAAAUAUGCAUUCUGGUUGUGCCUCAUUAAAAUUCAACACAUUAAAAUGUGCCACAUUUUUUAGAUUUAUCCUUUGAAUGUGCAAGAUGCCUGCAUAUGACAUUUUGCUAUAAUUUAAUAAACUUGAAGGUACACAUUUUAAACAAAAUCAAGUUGUAGUUGUUUGGAUGAGAAAAGUCCCUUCUAGGUGCAGGUAUUUACAUAUUUGGUUUCCAGUUAGUAGUUCUGCUGGGGAAGGGUUGGGCUUGUAUCCUGAGUACAGGAGGUAAAUCACUAGGGUGGCAUUGAGAGUUGAAGGCCACGCCCUACUUCCUGUACACUCUCUGCUUUGUGUUUUGGCUGAUAAUGUGAAAUCUCAGCUUCCUGCUCCAGUCCCUUUACCUGCUGUCUGCUGUCAUUUCUUGCUAUGAGUGACUAGAGAUAUACAGCAAAAUAAAUGCUUUUUUGUAUA